UGUGCAGGGACUGCCACUCACUUGCUGAAACGACGACAAAAUGCAGACGGCGCUUCAUCUGCUGAUUCUGCUGAUCCCAUACGGAGGAUGCACAAGUGGUCCCACCUUCACGACAGAGAUGACAGCGGUUGGACAAAAUGCCUCUCUGGAAUGUCUCAGAGAUGACACCACUGCGCGAGAUGUUCUUUUUUGGAUUCGACUUGUUUCUGGAACUUUUCCUGAAUUUUUAGGUCACAACCGUGGUUUCACAAGACAGGAGUCAUCAAAGAGUGGACGUCGUAUCACAGUCAAGCAAGAACCAGGGAAGUUUGUUCUGCAAAUUAGUCAGGUGCAAAAAAGUGACACAGCGCUCUACUACUGUUUCCUCUGGACACCGUGGAUGCCUGAUGUGAUAUUUUUGAAAGGAAUAUUUCUGCAGGUCAAAGAUUUUCCAGAAGCAAAAACCUCUGUCUUCGCUGUCACUCAUGACUUGUUGUCUGACGAGAGCCGUCCGGGACCAUCUGUGACCUCGCGCUGCUCGGUCGUCUCUCGCUCUGGGAGUAAAACGUGUGAGGAUGGACACAAGGUUUAUUGGCUCAGAGCUGGACCAGAAGAUUCAAAUCCCCACUUCAUUUACGCUCAUGACGAAUGUGAGAAAGUUGCAAAGGGCUCCAUGCAGAAAUGCGUUCACGCUUUCCAUAACAACGUCGACACCGGAACGUACUCUUGUGCUGUGGCCACAUGUGGGCACAUUUUUAUGGCAAAUGCAACAAAGGUCAUCAUUAAAGAUGGCAGCAAAUGUGAUAUUGUCAUCUUUGUCUUGGGUUCUACUUCGGCCUUAAGUUGGAUCAUAUCAGCCUUCCUCAUAUGCAAGAUCAUGACAAAAGGCUGUUCUUACUGCAAAGCCUGUCGGCAAACUCAAGAAGAAACAUGCAAUGGAGCGCAGCAGAGAAGCGAGGACACUUUGGUUUAUUCCGCGCCGACCAUCGUUGCCAGGAAAAGUGGCAAAACCAGGCGAACGAGAACAAACGAGGGUUUUAGCACGUAUACCGACGUCUGCCUUCGCGAAGCUUAAUAAGGCGGAAAUGAUAAAAUGCUCGAUAACGUUCGCAUACCAGACCCUUUAUUUUAUUUUAUUUAUUUUUUACAGUCAGGAAAGAACCAUUUUGGGUGUGUUUAUGAACAAAAGUAACAACCAUGUGAUUGCUCUCAAUUAGAAAAUAUGUUUUAAGGCAAGGCAGCCUUAUUGUGUAGCGCAUUUCAUGCACAAGGUAACUCAAUGCACUUCGCGUCCCUAAAAAUACAUUUAAAGAUAAUCACCCCAAAAAAAAGAAUUGAAGGCAUUUACCAGCCAAGACACAAAAAACACAAACAAAAUGAUUUAAGACAUUUAAAAGCAAAGAGUUGGAAAUAUUUAUUAAAAUUCAGUCAAUGAGAUCAGUUGGAUCUAAUGAUAAGUAAACAAUAUAGUUUACAAUUCCUCAGAUCAUAAAUGCAGCAAUCAUGAUGAAUAGUUUUGGACAAGGAACUAUAUUAAGAAAAAAAAUCUGAAUUUUUGUCAAUUAAUGACUGAUGAUAAUGACCAGGUUUCAUCACAAGCAACAGUGAAGAUAAAAGUCUUAAUGAAGCCUUCAACAGCUUUAUGUGAAAAUUAUGACAACUUCUUUUUAUUUUCAACAUGUUUUGUCGCUUGUCAUUGCAAACAAUAAAAAUCUUAAUCUUGAAAUAAAUGAACGGUAAAUAGCUGUGUUCUGAUUUUAACAAGGAUGCUGUAGUGCUUGAAGGGAUCAUUUGGACAGGAAGUCGAAAUCUCAUGAGGUCACGCUUUCUUUUUUUAUUCAUUUACAAGCGUCAUCCACGACGAGCCUUCAACUUUCCAUUUAGCAUCUGUGGCAGGAAGUUCGAAGCGUGUGUGCGUGCGUUUCUGUGUUUAUUUUUUUUGUGCUUUCCUGUGUUAACGUGUUUGUAUUGGUUCUCUUCAUCUUAAGAUAUUACUUUUUUGUCCCAGUCCCAGCUUCCUCCCCCAAAAAUGCUUGUCAUAUGAACUGAAGACAACAUUUUAGCGGGGGUCACAAAGGACCACACACUUCCAAAACAGAUAUGACAAACAUUUUAUAUAUGGACAAAUUACAUCGCUGGGUGCAAAAUAACGUUGUCUGUUAUUUCAUUUUUCAUAAUACAUUCCUCAUGAAAGAUCCAUUGCUCGAUUUGAAGCAAACAAUAAAAAUAUAUUGAAUGUGAGGUCAAACUGUAUCUGCGUUCUUCUGCCGAGAUUUAAGCAGAGAUUUGUCAAAUUCAUGAAAAUUCACAGAAAAAAAAAUGUGAGCUGAAAGAAGACAGUGGAUAUUUAGUUCCAAAGGUCAAGAUUUAAUUCACAAUAAAUGCAUGGAAACUAGAUCGUGACAACAGCGACCACAAUCACGGAAGAGGCAAGCAGAGUCCCGAGCAUGAUGCCGACUGGUUUCAGAUCUUGUUCUGAAAUAGACAAUCACACAAAACCACAUGAGAUGUGCCACAAUUGCCUCUGAUUGAGCCAAUAUUUUAAUUUCAUGUAAACUAAAACAAAUAAAUUAAUAAUUUAUUAUAUAUAUUUUGAAAAUUUCACCCGAAAGCUGAAUAACCUAAAAUUUGAGUAAGUAGCUCUUUUUAGGUCACUUCUAAGAUGCUUGCUGACAUUUUGUUUUGAGUGAACAUGUAUGAGAAGAAGCUAAUUUUAGACCCUAAGAUGGUGUUACAGAGUCACACCACAACAGGAAAUCGCAAGGCCCGACCUAUUCUGUGAAACAAAAGAGAGGAACUUGUCCAUCAUAUCAGUUUCUACUAAGACACCUAUUUAGGUUGAGGUAGUGGGCAGGUGAUUAAGAACAUAAAAUUAUUACUUUAUUAUCAAAUCCCAGCUGCACACUAUUUUUAGGUCUGGAACAAACUCUACUUUUGGGAGAACCACUUGUUGCCUAGAUGUUCUUUAAGAUAUUGGGGUCGGUGUCAUUGCAUGAUAAUUUCAAAUUUAAAAUACAUACGUAUCUCCACAUGAGUUCCUUGGCCAAACAGGAUCUGCCCACAUGUUGCCACCGCGCAGUGGUAUGUCCCACUAUCGGACGAAUUCUGGAUGAGUUUGAACAGAUGGUAGACACACCUUCCUUGUGCCUUUUCAUCAUCUGCCUCGGUGUAAAUGAUGUGCGAGGAGGAGUCUUGUGAUCCGGAUUUGAACCAGUACACGCUGCAUUCACCCGGACACAGACUGUUGUUCUCCUUGCUCUCUGAGAGAAUGGAACACUGGAGCGUCACCGACUGGCCCGCCUCGACGGACAUGGCUUGCGGAAUUUGCUUCACGUUGAAGGACUUGUGCAUGGGACCUGCAACGUAUGGAAAGUAGAACUUGUUCCCAGUGUCACUCUUUGAUAGGGAAGAUGAAGUUCUUUUCACACUGCACUCAGUCGGUUUAUAUUUUGGGCUUUUGGCUGACCUUAAAAAAACCCUGACCCAAAAAUAAAUCAACCUUUGCUCCCGACCUUCACAUGAACUCCCAAACCUUCAAUGAGACACAUGCUCAAGUGCAGUGUGAAAAGAGUGACUGAUUGUUUUCCAAAAUGCUCCGCCUCAGUCAAGUGACGUGUAACGCCAUCGGGGGUCAUAUAGUUUUUCACCACCGGGAAGUAUGCGCAACAUCAAAGUCUUUACCUUUCACAAGCAAAUGCGUACUGCCAAUGAAGCGCAUGUUGUACGAGGUGCCAGCUUGGCAAGUGUACGUGGCUUCGUCCUCUUUGUUGACAUUGGUGAUGUUUAAAAAGUAAACGUCGCCCGUGUGCCAACUUGUGAAUCUGCCGUUCUGAAAGUGACUUCGAAGCAAUAGUUCUCCAAAGUAGCCCUCCACGAUGGUUUCGAUCACGUAACCGACUUUUAUCUUGUACCAGUAAAAUAUGUCUCCCGUAUUCUCGGUGCGUGAGCAUGCAAAAGUCACGUUAAGACCGACUUCCACGCUGACCAAAGACACUGGCUCCAGCGCUUGAAUCAGACCUGGGAAAGUAAAUUGGAAACAAUUAUUCUUCAAAUCUGAUCUUGAGAUUACAUAAGUAAGGUUACCGAUGCUGCACUCACAUGGCGCGCUGAGAAGCACGAGUGCAGUUAGUCCGGCAGUCAUUGUGACAGCGAGGCUGACCCGAGUGUUGUCGAUCCACUCAGUCAUGAAGACGUCUGCAGGUUGCAAACCAUCGUGAGACUGAAAUGUAGAAAAUUUGCUUCCGCUGCAUUUUUUCUACUAGUGACCCAUUUUCACGGAGUGUCACAUAACACCAUCGGUGGCCCUGAAAAAAAAGAACUCAACAAAAGAAUUUGAUGAUUCCAGAGAUUUUCAUUCACAACGUCAACACCUUGAAUGGGCUGGCUAAAUUCACUUCACGGUUUAUUGUUAAGUUACGGACAUUUUUUUUCUUUUUCACCAACACGGUGAUUGUUGAUUGUCUUGGUUUUCAUUCCUUUUAAAAGAAAAUAUCUUUAACAGGCUUUAAAUUGACCUCUAUGACAAUGAAGAGAGAAUUUCCAUCUAUCCCAGACACACACCUUUCAGGCCCCCUAACCAAAAAUCACACAACACACACACACACCUACUUGUUUACUCACUUUCAAACAGUUGAGGCCUCCUGCCACAGUUGCCGCAUGGAAAGUCAAAGCCUUCUUGUGGUUGACAAAUCUUCAAGCCGAAGCAAGGCACAAAACUACGGCUUCACUUUGCCUUCACCCGAGUGAAAGAAGCAUUGAGAAAUGAUAACAACACUACAUAUGCAUUUCAGGGCAUAUUUAUUGGUUGUAGUGGCGAGCGCCACAAAAACAUCACCCCGUACAUGUUGGAAAAAAUAAACAAUGAAUAGUUCUCAGUGAUGGGACACUAAAGCCUGUAAAUACACAUCUUUAUUCAUUUGAAUAUUUUAAAACAAUCGUGGUAGUUCUUCUUUCUUGAGUAAUUUUGCAAAUUUAUUCAACAGCGUGAUCAUUUGGGUACAAAUGGACACCGGAAUAUACACAAAAUUCCUCUGGGGUUCUCGCAUUCCUCUGGCUCGCUUUACCGCUUUUCCUGGUGAUGAUUUUCGGCACGGAAUAAACCAAGGAGUCCUCGUCUCUCUGAGAAAACAAGACGCAUGUGCCAUGAAAAGAAGAUGAGAACCUGCUGAAUUCUUUUUUUCUACUUACUUGCUUCACAUGACUGGACGUUUCUUCAUGGGUUUGCGAACAAGCUAAA